AUGCGCAUUUAUCACCCGUUGACCCUCGCCGCCUUGUGCGUCGUCUUGCACGAGUCGCUCGGUGCCGCCCAGCAUGCGAAUGCUCUGGCGCACCCCGAGCAUCGCAACGUUGCUCAGCCGAUGAACGCUAUGAAGCGCCACCUCCGCGGUGAUCGGCGCCACCUCGACCGAAACGUAGCCGCAGACGAAAUCAACACGACGGAUGCGGCCCUCAUCGGUACCACCGCGAACGACUCGGUGGGUGCCGACAACAACAACGAGGACGACGACAACGACGACAGCGAUUCCAAGGACGCCGACGCUGACGCGGGCGAGGGCACCAAGCUUGACGAUGUCAGCCUCAGCACCGACGCUGCUACCAAGAGCAAAGCGGACGCUGAGGAUGAGAAGAACGAGAACGACGACUCCAAGGACACCGACGCCGGCGACGACGCUAAGCUCGGCAAUGUCGAUUCCAAUGCUGAAGCUGGUACCAAGGACAAGGCGGUCGCCUCCGUGUCUGCGGGUGCCGACAACAAUGAAAACGCUGACGCCGACACGGAAGCCAACAAGGUUGACGACGUUGACGGCGACAACGAGAAUGCUGAUGCCGUGAACGAGGUCGUCGAGAAUGGUGACUCGUUGGACACAAUCCUUGAAGACGUCGACACCGAAGUGGGCGACGAGCCCGAAAUCGCUGCUGUCGAUACCACCGACGAUACUAAAGUCGAUGUGGUCGCAGUCCUGUCCGGGGGCGUCGAGGGUGACGAGGCCGACAAGGAAGAUGCCGAGGGUGACGACUCCAAGGACGCCGACGCUGACAGCGAGGACGACGAUUCCAAGGAAGUCGACACCGAUGCCGCUGACGAAACCAAGAUCGCCGACAUCAACGCUGCCAAUGACGGCGAUACCGAAGCGGAUGCGAUUGCUGUCGUGUCCAAGGACGUCGAGGACAGCGAGGGUGAUGACAACGAGAACGCCGAUGCUGAAAACGAUGGCAACGAGACCGAUGACUCGGAAGAUGUCGAAGUCGGUAACAACGAUGACGAUGAUUCGACGGAAGUCGACACCAAUGCGGGCGACGACAUCAAGAUCGACGACAUCAACACCUCUACCGGCGCGGACAACGAAGGCCAUGAGAACCGCAACUGA